AUGAAGACUUCAGAGUUGCUUGGAAAGAAGACUGAAGGGCCAAUUGAGUGCAGUUUAAGCGGUAGUGUAGCCUAUGUAGCGAUUCAGCUGUGCACUCGGAAGCUGUCAUCAAGACGUGACUGGCCUGCGUCCAGCUUCACUCUGCACUUGGCACGAGGUGGUCCAAAGAACGAAUGUCUGAAAACUUACAGCGACGAGUACAACUUUCUUAGGCAGCACCAGGUCCCAAGUUCGAUCAAGGCUAUGACGAACGAAAAGAACAAAAUCGACCCGGGUAUGAAAUCAGGGGAUCCGGCUCUAGAUUUCCCGACGCGGAAGGCUUCAACGCGCGGACUGACGCGCGGCACCCCCGGCUGA